UUGUGAUUACUAUUCUGCCGUGUUGUUUUCCGUGUACUUCGUGCCAGCUGAUGGCACAUGUUGCCGCUGUUAUUGCUGCUGCUUGACCGAAUUCAAGCAUUUUGUCAUCGCCUUUUUAUAUAAGACAAAAACAAAAAUACAAAUCUUCGCGACUUUUUUUCAAAAGUGUGUCAGUCUAAGAAAUUCGACGAGAUGAACUCCAAAUAUGAGAACAUGAAAAUCAUCUACAAUCGCAGCAAAAUUGGGUGGUACUGGGCACCACUAUUUGUGGCAUUCUGGUUUUUGCUGUUCUAUUUGGCUGUAGUGCCCAGUUUCCAUCGUAUGCCACCGCUGAAGACGUUACAAGAUGAGCUGGAUCAGCCGGGUCAGUUCAUUGGGGAGCGUGCGGAGGGCACACUGCUAAGGCUAUCAAAGAUCGGUCCCAAAGUUGUGGGGAGUGCUGCAAAUGAGCAAGUCGCUGUCCAGCUGCUGCUCAGCGAGAUAAGUGAGAUUAUUGAUGGAGCUCGCACCGAUCUGUUUGACAUUCAGAAAGAUGUACAGAUUGCCUCCGGCAAUUAUCUGCUCUGGUCCAUGGUGAACGUCUAUCAGAGCGUUCAGAAUGUAAUUGUCAGGCUCUCGCCAAUAAAUGCAACCACCGAGGCGUCUCUUCUAAUCAAUAGUCACUUCGACUCGGUGCCGGGUAGCUCUGGUGCCGGUGACUCUGGCUUAAUGUGUGUCAUCAUGCUAGAGGUGCUGCGCGUGAUAACCAAGUAUGAAACGCCACUCCAAAACACGCUCAUCUUUCUCUUCAAUGGCGCCGAGGAGAAUCCUCUCCAGGGGUCGCACGCAUUCAUCACACAGCAUCCCUGGGCAAAGAAUGUGCGUGCUGUGGUCAAUCUGGAUUCAGCUGGCAGUGGCGGACGGGAGAUACUCUUUCAAUCUGGACCCGAUCAUCCCUGGCUAAUGAAGUACUAUGGUCAACACAUUACACAUCCGUUUGCCUCGACAAUUGGUGAGGAGAUGUUCCAAAAUGGUUUCAUUCCCUCGGAAACCGAUUAUCGCAUAUUCCGCGACUUUGGCAAUAUACCUGGUCUCGAUAUGGCGCACACGCUAAAUGGAUAUGUAUAUCAUACGAAAUACGAUCGCUUCAAUCUAAUUCCAAGACGUACCUAUCAGUUGACUGGUGAUAAUCUUUUGGGCUUGAUCAAAGGCUUAGGUACUGCUCCCGAACUGGAAGAUCCGGCGAAAUAUGCUGAGGGUCAUAUGAUAUACUUUGACGUGUUGGGCUGGUUCUUCAUCUAUUAUCCCGAAAAUGUUGGCCUUAUUGUCAACAUAUGCGUAUGUGUGCUGGCGCUCCUUACGAUUGUCGCCUAUAUCUGGAGCAUGGCCAGCAGUACGGGUAUGUUCCGACGUCGCAUCUUUGCCAAGUUUGGCAUUUUGGCUGCACUGCAGCUCUGCGGUGUCUGCUUGAGUCUGGGCCUGGUAUUUUGCAUAGCAUUAUUCCUGGAUGCUGUGGGUCUGUCGAUGUCUUGGUUCUCUCACACAUGGAUGGUCUUCGGCUUGUACUUUUGCCCCAUGUUCUUUGGCCUGGGCAUACUGCCCGCCAUUUAUUUCAGUCGCACCAAGGAGCAUGGUCUACCACUUGGGUAUGGCAUUCAGCUGUUAAUGCACUCGCAUUGCUUAAUAUUGACAGUGAUUACCAUUGUAAUGAUAUCGUUCAACAUAAGAUCGGCCUUUAUACUGCUCAUCUGCAUUGGCUUCUAUACGAUUUCAGUUCUUAUCAAUAUGGCUACAUGUGCGCACAAAACAAAUUUUAUGUGGCUCAUACCUCACUGUAUAUUACAAUUGCUGCCCUUCAUGUUUUACACAUAUUGUUGCUAUGCAUUUUAUGUUGUAUUCGUGCCAAUGCAGGGUCGGGAAGGUAAUACAAAUCCUGAAAUACUCAUUGGGGGCUUUACGGCACUGUUUUGUUGUCUCCUUUCUCCGUUCCUGAUACCGUUGCUCUGCCUGUUCCGCAAAUCGAAAACUAUCAUCACGCUGUUCGGCAUCUGCACGAUAAUCUUUAUUAUCUUGGCUGCAACACCCGUUGCAUUCCCCUAUGUGGAGAAGACAGCAGUGCAGCGAUUCUUUGCUGUGCAUACGACACGCACCUUCCGCAACGGCGAUGCAGCAAGCACGGUGAACCAUACCGAUGCCGGUUAUUAUGUAAUGCCGGUGGAUCGGCAUCCCAAGUCACUGGACAACAUACUCUUUGAUGGCAGCAACUAUUCAAAGGCCGAUCGUAGCUCUUGUGAAACGGAAAUUAUGUGCGGUUUUCCCAUUUACAGUUCGCGCUGGAUAAAGCCUGCAGCUAACAGCUAUUGGGUGCCUGGUCCCGAGCCCAACAAAGCCUAUAUGCCAACGUUGAAAAUAUUAAACAAAGAGAGCACUUCGAUGACAAAUAUUAUAUUCACUUUGGAGGUUUCAGGACCGGAUCAUACAAGCAUAUUCAUCGAGCCACUGGAUGAUGCCAAACUGGUGGACUGGACCUUCACCAAGGAACCGUUGGAAAAGUCUUUGCCCCCUCCUCAUUACGUAUAUUGGUCAUAUGCACUAGAUCCGACACCCUUACGGUUUAAUUUGGAAUUUGAGCGUGACAGCAACAAUUGGUCUGGUGCAACGUUCAAGAUAGCCAUUAUGGGCCAUAGAAUACACGAUGAUAUGUUUAUAGAGGAGGACUUUCGGGAGUUUCUGGCCAAAUUUCCACCAUGGACACAUGUCAAUGCAUGGAUUGGUUCCUACAACAACUGGCAACUCUAAAAACAGCUCAGAUGUCAGAUAUAGAAAAGUUUGAUAUUCACAACUCGCUGCUCAUACUCUCUACUCAUAGUUUGGUUUUCCGAACUGUUGUUAAGUUUUGGUAUUCCUUCAUACCCUAAACACAAAUUUACAUAUGAUACUCGGACAAACGAACAUCCAUCGAACAAAAAUUGUAUUUAAAUUAAAGAAUUAGAAUU